GACCCGAUCUCUCUCCCUGCAACUCGCAUCACACUUCCGUCGAGUUCGAUUUUACGGCACUGCGAAACCACCGUCCUCUCAACCUCAACCUCUUACUCGACGUUGUAGCUCCUGCCACAGCUACUUGACUCUCUCCGGGCACGCUCGCCAUUUGACCUCUCCCCCCACCUCCUCUUCGCUUUAAUCCAUAUAUCGCAAUGGAUCACUCCAGAGAUCCCUGCCCCUGGGUUGCCCUGAGCGACUUCGGUGGUGCUUUCUGUAUGGGUGCUAUCGGUGGUGCCGUCUGGCACGGUGUCAAGGGUUUCAGAAACAGCCCCUACGGAGAGCGUCGGAUAGGUGCCAUCACAGCCAUCAAGGCUCGUGCGCCCGUCCUCGGUGGUAACUUCGGUGUUUGGGGUGGUCUCUUCUCGACCUUCGACUGUGCGAUCAAGGGUAUCAGAAAGAAGGAGGAUCCCUACAAUGCCAUUAUUGCUGGUUUCUUCACUGGUGGUGCUCUGGCUGUCCGUGGUGGUGUCAAGGCUGCUCGUAACUCGGCCAUCAUGUGUGCUGUCUUCCUGGCUGUUAUUGAGGGUGUCGGUAUCGGGUUCCAGAGAAUGAUGGCCGACAACACAAAGCUCGAGCUCCCUCCUCCUCCCCCAACUCCCGAGAAGGCCGUCGCUUAAUUGAUCCACCACCACCUAAAAUCUCCUUUAUUUCAUGCUAGUUAGGAACGUACGAAUCCCCGCGUUGUCAGCAAUAUGCCCAUCUUUCUCAUAUCCUUAUCCGUGGUCUCUCUUCUCUGGUGUUGGGCUGGUUCAUAUCAUUUCAGGAUGCAUGGUAUAGAGGUUUCUUUCGACUCCUUGCUUCGAUCCUCCUUCCCUCUCUCCCCCUUAUGAUGUCUUUUCUAUAAAGAAGUGUGGGUUUUUGUCGGCGAUUUUGGAUGACACAGCCUUGCAUCCUUGUGUAUUUUUUCUCUGUUGUGUGUUUUUCUUUUCUGAGAGGGGCAAUCUCAAAAGAAGAGGUUCUCUCCGGAUUAGUCGGGGGGGAACUGUUUAUCUUUUCUUAUUUUUCUUGUAC